GUCAGUUGUUCAGUUAGCAUUAUAAUCAUUUGCAUCUAUAAUUAAUUAUCAAUAUGUUUUCCAACAAAUUCCUGAUUAUGAGCUUCGCUCUUUUCGCCGUGAUCAUUGCAGUGUCUGGCGCUGAGAUCAGCGAUCGUCGCUACCGCUGGCCUAACUCUAAUGAACAGGAGGCUGACGAGAAGGAGACUGAUGAAGAUGAUGAGGAAGAUGACGAGGAUACUGACGAUGGUAAUGGCCAAGAAGAAGACCAACAAGAUGAUGAUGAUAAUGGUGAAGAAAGCCAAGAAGAUGCCGAAAAUGAUGACGACAAUGACAAUGAAGAAGAAAGCGAGGAGAAUGCUUAAAUCAAACAUCACAAAAUUUCACAAAAUUCCAUUUAAAAUGUUAUCCAUCAUUUAAAGCUACAUAAGUUACAAAAAAAAUUGC